UUUCGGGCGAGAGUCAUAGUGGAACACAACGACAUUCGACAUCGGUACGAAAAAAGCUUCCGACCCGUCGGCUCAGAGAAACCGCAAACAGAAACAGAACCAGAGCCAGCCGUAGAGCUCCAGCGUCAUUGCAAAAAAAAACAUUCAUUCAUUCACAUCGUAAAAAAUUAAUUUGGCACAAAUUAAUUUGCGUAACGGAACUGCUCGAUUAACACAAUUUAAUGUCCAUUCAUCGCUCAUUCGACGAGUGUCGUGCGCCGUGCAAUAAAACAGAAUAAUUAUUCAACACUUCAAUCAAACGAUCAUAUUUAUAAUUGAUCUGUGUCUGUGUGUGUGCAUUAUCUAUCCAACAAAAAAGUCUGUGCCAUGGCAAGGAAACUUUUAAACUGUGAAUUCUAACAUUUCCAAUGUGCAGCUUUCGACAGUGUCCCAGCAGCAACUACAACACCUGGAAUAUGUUGUAUAAUGUACCCUGUCAGAACUUUUCAACACUGGAUUACUACAAAGUUAAACGUCCCAAGACAGAGCACACGGAUACACAUGAUCGCAAUCGACUCUGCAAUCUCUCGCAACAGCAACAGCAACAACAACAGCAGAACCAGCCCCUCACCCAACAGCAACAACAGCAGCAGCAACAGCAGCAACAGCAACAACAGAGCCAACAGCAGCAGCAGACACAUCCCGGCACCGUGUUGGCCAGCAAUGGACCCAGUAGCGCCGGGGCCACCAUGAGCGUCGGUGUGGGAGUGGGUGUCGGCGUUGGGGUGGGUGUGGGCGUGGUAGGACAGUGCAGUCCGCUCGGACUGCCGCCCCAGAGCCAGCCACUUCAGCCGACAAUCAGCUCCUUGGCCUCGCUGAGCGGCCACUACGCGGCCAGUAAUCCGCACGUGAACGGGAACCCCAAUCCGAAUCCGAGCAGCUGCAGCCUGGCGGCCGCCUCCAGCUUCGCCCAGUCGGCCAGCAGCAGCUUCUCCACAUAUCAGCAGGCCAGCGGCGGGGCUGGAGUCGAGGAUGGAGUCACCGGAGGAUCUGUGAUGUCGCACUGGACGCACGACGGCAGUGGAUCGGGAGCAGCUGUCAAGUCGGAGUCCCGCAGUCCCGGCCAAGUGCAUGCGGCGCUGGACAACGGCGUGGUGACGUCAGUCAGCAGCGGACCGAAUCUCUACGGAUGCACUGCCUCCAAUCCGCUGGACAGCAGCACGGUGGCGGCUGUCAACUCGUCGGCAGUGGCCGCCGCGGCUGCGGCCGUGUACGACGGAAAGCACGACUACUACUACUACAACAGCAUGCAGCAGUAUACGCCGCCGCCUUUCUAUUCCGGGUACGGAGCCCCCUAUGCGGCUACCACGGCUGCCCGCCAGGCCAAGAUGGAGCCGGGAGCAGCAGCUGCGGCGGCUGCCUACCUGACCCCCACCUACGCCAGCGGGGGGAACAACAACUCGCAGCUGUACAGCAACCCCUACGCGGGCUACAACAACUUCGCGCAGCAGGACUACGGCGGAUACUACAACGAGCAGUACGGGAACUACUACAAUCCGGCCAACUACUCGCCGUACGCCGUUAGCUCCCCGAGCUCGAGUGCCAGCCACGGGCACGGCUUCCAUGUGGCCGCCUCAUCCAACCUCUCUGAAAGUCCCACGGACACGCACUCGACGACUCCCGUGCACCACGCCACCCACUCGCCGCACUCCCCGCUGCCGAUCUCACCCAACGCCGCCUCGGGCCUGGCCAGCGGCGGUACGGCCACCUCCGCUGCGGCUAUUGCAGCUGCCGCAGCCGCUCUCAAUUCCAGCGGGGGAAGCAGCGUUGGCACGGCGGGCUCCUCCAAUGCAUCGGCCACCAAGACCACGCCCACCGGCAAGACGGGACGUGCCCGCGGCAGACGCCACCAGCAGCCGAGCCCCACAAGAAGCACAGCCUCGGAUACGGGCAACAGCGAGGCGGUGAAGCCGCCGGAGCGGGUGUUCGUUUGGGACCUGGACGAGACCCUGAUCAUCUUCCACACACUGCUCUCGGGCAGCUACGCGAAUCGCUAUACCAAAGACCACAGCACUCUGAUGACCAUCGCCUUCCGCAUGGAGGAAAUGGUCUUCAACAUGGCCGAUACGCACUUCUUCUUCAACGAGAUCGAGGAGUGCGAUCAGGUGCACAUCGACGACGUCAGCUCCGACGACAACGGCCAGGACCUGAGCGCCUACAACUUUGCCACCGACGGCUUCCACACGGGCACUCCUCCGGGAGCGCCUCCCAAUCUCUGCCUACCCACGGGAGUACGCGGCGGCGUGGACUGGAUGCGCAAGCUGGCGUUUCGCUAUCGCAAGAUCAAGGAUAUCUACAAUAGCUACAGGGGAAAUGUCGGAACGCUGUUGGGACCCGGUAAGCGUGAGGCCUGGCUGCAGAUACGCUCAGAGAUCGAGGUGGCCACCGACAAUUGGGCCACGUUGGCGCUCAAGUGCCUCAGCAUGAUUUCCCAACGCGAGAACUGCGUCAACGUGCUGGUAACCUCCACACAGCUGGCCCCGGCGCUGGCCAAGGUGCUGCUCUUCGGUCUGGGCAGCAUCUUCAACAUCGAGAACAUCUACAGCGCGCACAAAAUCGGCCAGGAAACCUGCUACGAGCGUAUCGUGACACGCUUCGGGCGCAAAAGCACCUACGUGGUGAUUGGCGAUGGCGCCGAAGAGGAGUCCGCCGCCAAGGCCAUGAACUUCCCCUUCUGGCGCAUCUCCGCCCACAGCGACAUACGCGCCCUAUACACUGCCCUCGACAUGGGCUUCUUAUGAAAGGCCAAACUAUGAAUCGGAGCGGAAAUGGAAAUGGAAACAGAAUCGAUAUUGUCUGUCAUCUGUAUCUAUGCACCGGCAGCCGCAGGCUCGAAGCAGUUUUGAGUACAAACAGAAAAAUGUUUAACUAAUUUAUUGAAUGUGUGUGCAUGUGUGUGAGAUAAGAAAACCAGCGCAAAAUAAUUUAAUUAUUUUGUUUAAACAAUUUAUAUUUUAACGCCAAGACUUUAUUGUAUUAUAUAGUUUUAAAAAACAACUAAUCAACGAUCGCAGCAGUUCUGUUCUCGCCGGCAAGCAGCCGCACUAAAUUGUUUCAAUUGUAUAAUUAAUGAAUUAACGAUAUACGUAUCUAGCACCUUAGAGUAGCAAUCAAUACCAGACCGAAGCGGAUCGGAUCGAGAAAGUAAGUAGCAGGAGCCUCGCAGAUCGAUCGGAGCAAACACAACAAAAAUUAGUUUAAAGUCCUUAGUUUAAAGCAAAC